UAAAAAAUUCCUAAUAUUUUGAGACGCUCCAUCAUCAUCUAAAGUAGAUGAUAAAAAGCAAACUAGAAAUUUAAAAAAUAAAAACAACCUUUUCGGCUUUUCCUAGUACUAGCUCCCAAAUCCACACUCCCAUCCAGUGCGGAACUGCAAAAGCCAGCGGGCCCCACCUGCCAGCGACCCACCGGCCACCACCUCGCACUCUCCGUCUCCUCCGCUGCGCCCCCAACACGGCGCCUACUACUCCUACAACAGAAGACGAGCUCGCCUCGCCGCCGCCGCCAUCGCCACCACCACCCGCAGCUCUCCUCGUCGCGUCGUCCCGCACCUCUCGAUCUCCAACGACGCGGGGGCUUGCCGGCGCGGCGCGAGUUGACGACGACUCGCCGGCUGUAGCAGGCAGCAGCAGCAGUAGAGAGACGAGACAGGAGUGAGUGGUGAUCGCCGCGGUUGGGUUUCUUGGAUUGGGCUGUGGCUGGCGUUGGUCGGAGGAGCCAGGAGGAGGUUCCCUCUCGCUUUGCUCGCUCGCUCGUUCGUUCUUGGCUGGGUUUGGUUUGGUUUGGUUUGGUCUCGGUUCAGAUCUUCUCUCCAAAGAUUGGGAUUCUGUUGGUAGGGGGGGGAGGGAAGCCAUUUUCUUGUUUCGAUGGACGCUCGGUAGAUCGGUAGGUAGAUGGGGAACUGCAUGGACACCGCGGCGGCGGCGGCGGCGGCGCCGGAUACCAACAACGCCGAUCCAUCAAAAGCUGCUAGCAAGACAACCUAUUCAUCUUACCCUUCAACUACAAAAAGCGGUUCAUCUUGGACUGUACCUUCCUAUAAGGAUCGUAGCGACCUUCCUACUCCUAGGACAGAAGGAGAAAUUUUAUCAUCGUCAAAUUUAAAGGCAUUCACACUGAGUGAACUCAAAAAUGCAACAAAGAACUUUAAGCCCGACAGUCUCCUUGGGGAAGGAGGAUUUGGCUAUGUCUAUAAAGGUUGGAUCGAUGAGCAAACUCUUGCUCCUGCAAGGCCAGGGAGUGGUAUGGUUGUGGCCGUCAAAAAGUUAAAACCAGAAGGUUUUCAGGGUCACAAGGAGUGGCUGACAGAGGUUGACUACCUUGGCCAACUUCACCAUGAGAAUCUUGUUAAACUCAUUGGUUAUUGUUCAGAUGGUGAUAACCGACUUCUGGUGUAUGAGUACAUGCCUAAAGGAAGCUUGGAGAAUCAUCUAUUUAGGCGUGGUGCAGAUCCUUUAUCCUGGGGAAUAAGGCUCAAAGUUGCUAUUGGGGCUGCUAGGGGUUUAUCAUUUUUGCACGAUGCUGAAAAUCAAGUUAUAUAUCGUGAUUUCAAGGCAUCAAACAUUCUCCUUGACUCGGAGUUCAACGCAAAGCUUUCAGACUUUGGUCUGGCAAAAGCAGGCCCAACUGGGGAUAGAACCCAUGUUUCCACACAAGUCAUGGGUACCCGAGGUUAUGCAGCUCCAGAAUAUGUUGCAACAGGUCGCCUCUCUGUAAAGGCAGAUGUCUAUAGCUUUGGUGUUGUGCUGCUCGAGUUAUUGACUGGGAGACGGGCCUUAGACAAAUCGAAACCAGCAUCAGAACAGAACCUGGUUGACUGGACAAGACCCUACUUGGGUGACAAGCGCAGGCUGUACCGCAUCAUGGACAUGAAGCUGGGCGGACAGUACCCUAAGAAAGGCGCCCACGCUAUCGCGACCAUUGCCCUGCAGUGCAUCCGCAGCGAAGCCAAGAUGCGACCCCAGAUGUCCGAGGUCCUGGAGAAGCUGCAGCAGCUGCAAGACCCCAAGUACAACGUGACCUCACCGCAGGUUGACACCCGGAGGAGAUCAUCGUCGGGUUCAGUUCCUAGGUCGCCGAUGCGGAUGCAGCCUUCGCCACGGCGCCUUUCCGCCUCGGCUUCCCCAUUGCCGGCUGCAGGCUCCCCGCUGCCGGCUUGUAGGACUGCGCAAGUGCACUAGAUGCACAGCCUAGGAUAGUUUGGAACUUCGUGCUGUAGUUGUUUGUAACCUCUAGCUGUAUAUUUUGUUUUGAUGUUGUGCCCAAUCUGUAGUUCUUUGUUUUGUGAGGUUGGAUACAUCUGUUGCUGUUAGACUCCGAUGUGUGUGUAACAGGGAACGUGAUUCCGGCAUUCUGACGCGAUCAUUAUUUUUUUUUACUUGUUUCAAUAGAUAAAUGGAUUCUUAGAUUUGUGCCGUUGUGCAUGGUUUUUCCUAGCCUUUGUUGGUUUAACCAAUUACCUGUAGUUUGAAUAUUUAUGACAUGUACAAAUAUUUCUGGUGACAUGACAUCCAUGAAAUUCAAGAACCCUGCUUGUACU